UUUUUUUUUAUUUUUGUUCCAUUUGUCCAAACUACAGAUUGUUUUUUUUCCUACAUUCAUGUUCAUGUCAGCAAUCGGAUCACAUUAAAAUAUCUGUGAUUUACAAAACAAAACAAAAAAAAACAUCUGUCUUUUUUUUAUUGUUGAUUUUUAUUUUUAUUUAUAUUUGAUUUCUCAUUCGAUCAUCAUCAUCAUCAUCAUCAAACGACAAAAAUGAAUCCAAAAAUUCUCAUUACAAUCGGUGUUAUUGGCGCUGCAUUCAUCAUUAUCGGUUUGACCAUUUUAUUUGGUGCAUUACCGAAUAUUGUACAAGAUAAAGUUAAUGAGCAAUUGGUACUUGAUGAGAAUAAUACCGACAUUUGGGAUAUGUUUAAAUCAUUACCGGUACCAUUAAAAUUUCGUGUUUGGGUAUUUGAAGCCGAUUUUUCAACAUUUGAUUAUAAAAAUAUAAAUACAAUUACAUAUAAAAAACGUGGUCCAUAUGUUUAUAAUGAACAAAGAAAUAAAUCAUAUAUUGAAUUCGGUCCUGGUGGUUAUAAUGUUUCAUAUUUACAGAAUAAAUAUUAUACAUUCAAUAAAGAAGAAUCAUGUAAAGAUUGUAAUAUGGAUGAUAAAAUCAUGACUUUCAAUCCAGUUAUGGCUAUGGAACAAGAUAAUUUGAAUUUAAUGAGAAAAGCCACUAAACAAGAUCCAGAUACAUUUCGUUAUUAUGAUAAUGUUGAAUAUAAUUUUGAUACAAUUCAUGAUCUAUUAAUAACCGGUAAUUCGAAUCUUGGUAUCAGUAUUCUUGCUGCAUCAGAUUAUAAUACAUUUAUUGUGGAUACUGGAAAAUCCGAUAUAAAACAAUUGGAACAAACUUUAUCAUACAGUGAUAGAAGUGUUAUAACUGUGUGGAAUAAUAAUGAUGAUGGAAGCACAUCACGUUGUAAUAAAUUAACCGGUACGGAUGGAACACAAUUUAGUCCUGGUUUAACUGGUGAUGAAACUAUAUGGGCAUUUGAACCAUUGUUAUGCUUUGCAUUAUAUGGAAAACAUGGUAUAUUACCGGAUCGUGAUAUCAAAGAUAUAGCAACAUAUCGUUAUGUAUUGUUGAAAGAAAAUUUUUUAGAAUCAGUUGAAAAUAGUUGUUUCUGUUUGGAAGAUGAUGUAAAAAAAUGUGCAGCUGGUUUAUUGAAUUUGAAAAAAUGUGGUUCUGCCAAUGGUUUUGAAUUUCUAGCCAGUCCAGCAUAUUAUUAUGAAUCACCACAACAUUUAAAAUGGUCUGGUUUAGAUCGUUUGAUAUCGAUUGAUGAUGUAACGGAAGAAAAUUUUGCAACAACUAUUGAUAUUGAACCAAUAACCGGUAUUGUAUUGAAUGCUGAAAAAAAAUUAAUGCUUAAUAUUAAAGUACGAAAAAAUGCUAUACCUGCAUUGAAAGAUUUGGCUAUAAAUGAAUUCUAUGAUUACCAGGUAGCACCAUUUCUUUACAUAGAAGAAACCGGUGAAAUUGAUGAUGAAAAUGCACAGAAAUUAAAGGAUAAAUUAUAUCCAAAAAAAGUGGCUACAGCAGCAUUGAUUGUAAUGAUUGUUGCUGGUGUACUAUUGAUCUGUGUUUCCGUAUUUUUCUAUUUCCGGCAAUUGAAAUAAUAUUUAUUUCAUACAUUU